AUGGCUGUGACUUUUUUCAGAUGGUGCGAUGAGGCUGCGUCGCUUGGACCGCUGCAUUUGGAUCUCACAGACCUCGUGGAUGAUCGGCAUUCGCCCAACGAAAUUGUCGGGGCUGACAGCGUACGGAGAGCUUUGGUCCGAUUCACAGAAGCGAUAUACUUCUUGAAUGUCAUUGCUUUCGAAACCGAGCUGAAGGCGCAAGGCAAGCAGCAGCCUCAAGAUGCUGGCUGUGGAGGUGACACAGCCUGGGCGAAGGCAUGUGGAGAACCCAUGAGCACCUGUGAGGUCAGCCUCCUUCAAGUCAUGAAGGUGCUUCCCCAUGACACGGAAAUUACAUUGAACGCGUUGAGAAAUACCGCGAGGCUGGGCCGUGCUGCCAUGAGUUCUCGCCAGCUUUCGGCUACACAAUUUGAUGAAGUUUGUCAGCUAGCAGCCUCUCUGGGUCUAGCAGAUGUGUGCAACAGACGUUGCGGCGCAACAGGAGGCAGGCAGCAGCGUGUGCUUGUGAAGCGUGCGUUGACAGAAGUUACCAAGAAAGCUCAGACUCAGAAAGAACCCGUGUUUGAACUCGCUUCCUGGCUGUUUGUGCAGAUGGCUAGUGGAGGUCCUGAAGCACCUGAAUCUCCCGAACAAUGUGCUGAAGCCCAGCCUGAAGAAGUCGCGGUGGUGAUGAGCCCUGAAAGCAAGGUGAUGCGGCGCGCUCUGUUUGCGGAGCUAGGCAAUAUGGCCAUGCAACUCGUUUGCAUUUUGGAUGACAUGGACGAUAAGUUUGAGGAUGACCCUUCUUUACUUGUGGAAAUGAACCUGAGCCGGGAAGAAGUGAACCGCACCUUGCGAUUCCUGCGCAAAUUGUCAGACAAAGCUCGGGAUGCUCAAAGUGCCAUCUUGGACGAGUUGGUGGAAAACUUAGACCCUGGCCGAGCUCCUGAGCCCACUGCUGUGACACACAGCAACAUACAAGGAGAACGCGGUGUUGCGGGGGGACGGCUGGAUGUGAGAGUGCAAGCCAACGCUCUGACAAAGAGCAACACUCCUGUGCAGGCUACG